GCCCCACAGCCCCGCACCGCCCGGCUCGGGCCCCGGUGACAGCGGCGGCGCAGUAAGUUGGCAGGAGCCAGUCCCCUCCGUUCUCGCCUCCCCCGCACCUUUUGAACUUGUUGCUGCUGCUCGGCUCGCCUGCGCCUGGCUUUUGGAAGGUGAAAAGGAGGAGGGAAGCACAGAGGGAUGGGGGAAGGGGAAGAAGAGCUCGCUUGAGCUUUAUUUAUGCUCUCUGGGCGCAUCGGAUUCGGCUGCUCGGGAGCUGCUUUCUCUGCUUUUCCCUUUCCGGGUGCACGGCGAGGAGAAAGUCUCUAUGCAACUCAGCCCCGGCGCGCACUUUGCCAGGUAUGUACCGCGAGCGAGGCGCGUUCUGCGCGGAGGCAGAUGCUGCUGCUGCCGCCGCGGCGGCGGCGGCUGCCAGCUCCCGUGUUCUGUAACUGUCACACUGCACCUGAGCUGAACUUGAAAAGAGAGUGAAGGGGCGAUUGGGCAAACGCUUUUGGCAGACACAAGGGGUGCUUGCAGACGUGGGGGAGGAGGCUCUGUAUUAACGCCCCCCACCGUGCCCACCGCACAGCACCUCCAUCUCUGCAAAUACGGCCCAAGGAGUGGAGGUGGCCACCGGACUCCCAAAGAGACGUGGGGCAGCGGCUGUGACAGCAUCUCGGAAGCUGCAACAACAGGUCGCCUUUCUGAGACUCCGUUGGCGGGAAGGGCCACUUGGAAAGGGAAGGUUUGAAAAGAGCUAAAAGGGAAGGUGGUGGGGUUGUCUAAUUCACCAAAAGAAUACCACUGAGUGACUGCCCUUCGUUUUCUCUAUCCUACACAACGCAUACUGACCCUACAUUAUCCGGACUGUGUCAGGGGAAAACCAGACACCUGUUUGAAAAAAUUGCUGCGUCUAAAGUCAGCUGUGUACUUAUUUGUGCCAGGAGUGGCCUGGUUCACCUGCUGGAAGAGGUCUGGUUAGAGUCUGCUGGGCGUGAUUGUUAGGACAUUGUAUUUUUUUUUUUUCUUACUACUCCAAAUUCCUGUGUUUGAGGGAAACUUGCCCUUCUGAGAACUGUGACUUCACCAGGAGCUCUACCGUGGAAUAGGAGUGAUACUUCCGGACCACAUUUCUCAGUGGUAUUUUGUUCGACGGGCGGAAGUGAGUGAUUGUGGCUACUUUGCCCCAUCGUAGAGGCCUGGUUGCCCUUCUUGCCUCCACUUCAAGGAACCAUGGCGGCGGGCGUAGCAGCGUGGCUGCCCUUUGCCAGGGCGGCAGCCAUUGGGUGGAUGCCUGUGGCCUCGGGGCCCAUGCCAGCUCCCCCAAGGCAGGAGAGAAAAAGGACUCAAGAUGCUCUGAUUGUGCUCAAUGUGAGUGGCACCCGUUUCCAGACAUGGCAGGACACCCUGGAACGCUAUCCAGACACUCUGCUGGGCAGUUCUGAGAGGGACUUUUUCUACCACCCGGAGACUCAGCAGUAUUUUUUUGACCGUGACCCAGACAUCUUCCGCCACAUUUUGAAUUUCUACCGCACCGGGAAGCUCCACUAUCCUCGCCACGAGUGCAUCUCUGCUUAUGAUGAAGAAUUGGCCUUCUUCGGCCUCAUCCCAGAGAUUAUUGGCGACUGCUGUUACGAGGAGUACAAGGACCGCAGGCGAGAGAACGCAGAGCGGCUACAGGACGACGCCGACACGGACAACACCGGGGAGAGCGCGCUGCCCACCAUGACUGCUCGGCAGAGGGUCUGGCGGGCGUUCGAGAACCCCCACACCAGCACCAUGGCCCUGGUGUUCUACUACGUUACAGGGUUCUUCAUUGCCGUCUCAGUCAUCGCGAAUGUGGUAGAGACCGUGCCAUGCGGGUCUAGCCCGGGGCACAUUAAAGAACUGCCUUGCGGGGAGCGCUACGCGGUGGCCUUCUUUUGCUUGGAUACAGCCUGUGUCAUGAUCUUCACCGUUGAGUACUUGCUUCGCCUGGCUGCAGCGCCUAGUCGUUACCGUUUCGUGCGCAGCGUCAUGAGUAUCAUCGACGUGGUGGCCAUCCUGCCUUAUUACAUUGGGCUGGUGAUGACAGACAAUGAGGAUGUCAGCGGAGCCUUUGUCACGCUCCGGGUCUUCCGGGUCUUCCGGAUCUUUAAGUUCUCCCGCCACUCUCAAGGCCUGCGUAUCCUGGGGUACACGCUGAAGAGUUGUGCCUCAGAACUGGGCUUCUUGCUCUUCUCGCUCACCAUGGCUAUCAUCAUUUUUGCUACGGUCAUGUUCUACGCAGAGAAGGGGUCUUCAGCCAGCAAGUUCACCAGCAUCCCUGCUGCCUUCUGGUAUACCAUUGUCACCAUGACUACACUGGGGUAUGGUGACAUGGUACCAAAAACCAUAGCAGGGAAGAUUUUUGGUUCCAUCUGUUCGCUGAGUGGGGUCUUGGUCAUUGCUCUACCUGUUCCAGUGAUCGUCUCUAACUUCAGUCGGAUCUACCACCAAAAUCAACGAGCAGACAAACGGAGAGCACAGAAGAAAGCCAGACUCGCCAGGAUCCGGGCAGCCAAAACCGGAAGCGCCAAUGCUUACAUGCAGAGCAAACGGAAUGGCUUACUCAGUAACCAACUGCAGUCCUCAGAGGAUGAACAAGCCUUUGUUAGCAAAUCCGGCUCCAGCUUUGAAACCCAGCACCACCACCUGCUUCACUGCCUGGAAAAAACCACGAAUCACGAGUUCGUGGAUGAGCAAGUCUUUGAGGAAAGCUGCAUGGAAGUUGCCACGGGAAACCGGCCUUCGAGCCACAGCCCCUCUCUCUCUUCACAACAAGGGGUCACCAGCACCUGCUGCUCACGACGACACAAAAAAACCUUCCGCAUCCCGAACGCCAACGUGUCCGGCAGCCACCGGGGCAGUGUGCAAGAACUCAGUACCAUCCAGAUCAGAUGUGUGGAGAGAACCCCGCUCUCUAACAGCCGAUCCAGUCUAAACGCCAAAAUGGAAGAAUGUGUUAAACUAAACUGUGAACAACCUUAUGUGACUACAGCAAUAAUAAGCAUCCCAACACCUCCAGUGACCACCCCUGAAGGAGAUGACAGGCCAGAGUCUCCGGAGUACUCAGGAGGCAAUAUUGUCAGAGUGUCUGCUUUGUAAGACAAUUGGAACCAGGUCUAAGAGAAUUUGAGCUCCGGCUGUGGAAAGAAUUCCAAUGUGGAAGAAAGAAGAAACAAUAAACCUUUUGCAGAUGAAAAGAGCAAAGCAAGAAGGUUGGCUGCGAAAUAAAAGCAAAGCUUCCAAACUUGAGGAUGGAAAUGAAACCACCAAAUGGCAUUUCUAGACACAGUUUGACCUGUUCUACAGAGGAAGAGUCUGUGACCCUUUGACUUUGUGAAUGAGCACAAUGAAAUGCCGCCUAUCGAUGCUUCUUAUGAUCUGAACUCUUUUUUUAAUAAAAUAAAUAAAACAAAUCUUUGAACAUAAUGUUCCGGUUGAAUGCAAAACAAAAAAAAAUAUGGAAAACAUUUUGAUAAAAAUUUUUCCUGUUAAAACCAUGAACAUUGGCUAUGAUGAAGAUUAUUACAUAUUAAAAAAAAAACUAUGACACAUUUGUAUCGACUGAAGGAAACCAUCAUAAUGCAUGCUAGAAUUCUUUGGAGCAGUGAUUUCAGUGUCCUUAUGUUGUCUUCAGAAUAGGCAUGAUAAACUAUAAUUGUAGAAAGGGGAAUUUCUGUGCACUUACAACAAGCUGAUUGUUCAUGUUCCAUGGUGGGCUGUGCCAAUACACUCCUUUUAGAGCUGCGGUAUUUAUCAUGGGGAUGCUCAUUAGUAAAUCUAAAGUGUUCAGAUAGUUCAGUAUUAAUUAUUGUUUUACCUUGCACCUAGAUACUGUUACAACUGCAAUAAUUCAUUGUACACCUGUUGUAUCAGGAAUCAGGAUUUUUUUUGUUGUCGUACUUUCCAGAUCUUCAUAGAUA